UUCUUCUUCUUCUUUUUCUUCGUCCUCUUUCUUUCCUCCUUCUACUUUUUUUUUUUUCUUUUGCCAUCUCUUCUGUUAUCCGGCGUGCUCUUUAAUAAUUCGUUGAAAGAAGAAGUACCAUCGGUACCAGUACGAUUAAACUUCAGAAAAACAGUGGACUUGGCUUUCGUUUCAUUCGAGAGUCAUUCGAAGGAUCAAAGUGACGUGAACUGUUUAUCUGUUACUCGCGAAUUAAUUUACGCAGAAUUUCGAACUGGAAUAGUACUACUAUCGGUGCAGACGAUGCAGUGACAAAAUUUAGCUUUUGGUUUUCUAUGAGAGAACAAGUGAGUUUACAAGUGAACCGGAUGGAACUCGAGUUGAGCGGAAGACUUUGGAGGAAUCGUGGUACCCGACGCUCCAAGUGACUGCGUACAAGUGAUCAUCAGUGUCGCAGAUCUGUUGAUACAUCGUAAUGACAAAGUGUCGGAUGCUGUAUCUGUAUAUUUAAGGAAAGGAUCAUUCUGUCGUUGAUAGAUCUCGCGUAAUCGUCUCGGUGUUCAAGUCUUUCUUCGGCAGGUCGUACAACAACCUGAGUAGUAUUUCCGAAUGCAAAAACGGCGGAGAGUGCGUGAUCAAUAAGAAGAACCGAACAGCCUGCAAGGCCUGUCGUCUACGAAAAUGUCUGCUCGUGGGUAUGUCGAAAUCUGGCUCGCGAUACGGGCGCAGAUCGAACUGGUUCAAAAUUCAUUGUCUGCUGCAAGAACAGCAGCAGCAGCAGCAACAGCAACAACAACAAUAUCAGCAGAAUCUGCCUAACCAACCUCUAACGCAGCAACGAAAACCCAUGAGCCCACCUAUUGGAAUACAUUCAGGUCAACGAAAAGACGACGCGCUGAUGCUAGGUUUGGACGACUACAAGAACUCGACUUCUCCUAGCAUCAGUUCUCCGGAAUCGCACAACAGUGACAGUUCCGUAGAAAUAUCGGAAAGAAGGGCAGCCUUCUCUGGACACCCAGGCUUCAGACCGUUACACUCACACCUGCAACCCUCCGUGGCCGACCUGUCGGCGCUCAGCAAAGAAAUGAUGAGUUUACCCCUUGGCUUUCACCUCGGUGGAAUGUCCUUGAUUCCACCCGCGUUUCUACCACCGCCAAGUCUCACCAUGUUCUCGCCCUAUCAUUUAUAUGCGACGUCUCACGGAGCUCCUCACCCCUUGGUACCGAACCAUUCAUCGACUCUGCUACGACACUCACCUGUGAUCGAAGACACAACCAGUCCGAUCACACCUGCAACCGCUAUCACGACCAGCACGACAAUUACCAUCGAUGGCAAAGACUCGUGUGGAAAUAACAAUAACAACAAUAAUAAUAAUAUUAAUAAUAAUAAUAAUACUAAUAAUAAUAAUAAUCACAAUCAUAAUCAUAAUCAUAAUCAUAGUAAUAACAACAACGACAGAUAUGCGCAUAAUAAUAACGUCCAGACGUCGAGGCAAAGUCCCUCGCCGAACGAAGAAUGUGGGGAAACGUAUAGCAAAAGAUUCUACCUGGAUGCAGUGUUGAAAAGUCAACGAACACACGCGGAAGGCUCACCGACGGUGAAGGAACGUUCUCGAAAUAAUUCGCCACUGUGUAACGUAGGGUCGGAAACGGAUUGCCCUCCUCCUCAAGAUAAUCCCAUGGACCUGUCCAUGAAAUCAGUCGCCACUUCUGUUAGCAACGAAGGAACGGAGGAAGAUGAAAUAGACACGGAGAAUGUGAGCGAUCGAGACAGUCCUCCUGCGAAAAAGAGGUCAACGCCCAUUGAUCUAACGACGAGAUCUUAA